AGUCCUAAGAAAUGGCCCCGUGUUUGGUGGCGUUCCUUCUCUUUGCAGGUUGUAGUGCAGCGCUGGAAAACAAGCAGGCCACCACGGUUUCUCAGAAAUGUUCAGAGGAUACCGACACUUUCCUCUGGGAAAUUAACCAGGACAGUCCGAAGGAAUACGCUGUUCUCAUGUAUGAUGCAUUUGGAAAGAUGGGCAGUAAUGUCAAAGGAGGCAAUGCCAACCAGCCGGGCCUCCUGCAGCAGUGUCGCUCUGCACACAGCCCUGCCUUCUCUGGACAGUACUGCCAGGUGUUCCUCAGGCAGGAAACCGUCCAGUACUUUGUUGGUAUUUGCCUUCCUGACUCCUGCGGAGAAGAAGACGUUCAAAUGCUGGUGCUGAGUGGGAAACUUGAGUUUGGCCAGAAUUCUCUCAUUCCUCCUUCGCCUUCCAUCCUGGUCAAUGGUUCCACUCAGGAGAUGAUCAUGACCCACUGUUUGUCCAACACCGUUGCCCCUGAUGCAUCCGAUGUCACCUGUCUGUUUGUGUGUUGUGCGAUGGUGGCGAUUCCCCUUGCGGCUACACUGUUUACAGCUAUGAUAAGAUGGCAACGCAACAGAGAGGUCAGACCCACAGUGGAGUCUGCCUGUCUAAACACCGGCCUCAACCUUUAUGGGACCAUAAAGAUCAACGGCUCCUCCAAUAGCAAUAUUAAUAGUGGCAGCUCAGAGGAAAAUGGCAAUGACGGCAGCGAGCACACUCCCGUGGGUUUUCCCGGAAGCGGAGUGCGCCGGUGCCUCGAUGCGUUCUCUCUGCAGACCACCAGCCAGGGCAUCUUUAGCACCUCCUCGUCCAUCCCGGGAGGAGGCUACUCCUCCCUCAACGGAAUCCGUGUCCUCAGCCUGUUAUGGAUCAUCUGUGGACACUCAGCACAGUUCCCCGUAAUAAACAACCUGGAUAACUACAAAGACUGGAAGAAAACAGUGGAGCACAACCCUCUGCAUGUGCUCACCAUCAGCGGGCCCGUUUUCCUGGCCGUGGACACGUUUUUACUGCUAGGGGGUCUGCUCAGCGCUCGCUCUCUGCUGGGCUCCAUCAACAGGGCGGAAGACAAACUGAGCCCGAGUUUGGUGGUCAGCUACCUCUGCAGGAGGAUUAGACGGAUUCAACCACUGCAUCUGUUCGUCAUGUGUCUGACAAUCGGCCUCAUCUCGGUGGUCCAUUGGGGACCCUACUGGUUUCCCUUCAUGGAUACUAUGAUGGAUUGUAAGACGUACUGGUGGGCCAACUUAUUGUUGAUAAGCAAUCUCCUCCCAGUCCACGAGAUAUGCAUUCCUUGGACGUGGUACCUGUCUCUGGACUUCCAGUGUUAUGCUACAACUCCUCUGUUGGUCUAUUUUUACAGACUAAACAGAGGUGUGUUUUUGAUGGUUGCUGGAGCCCUUCUGCUGAUGACCACUGUGGCCAGCGCCGUUAUAACUGCACUCCUGCAGCUGCCGGUCUUUCAGCCAUCUACACUAACAUCCGAGAAUUAUGUUUUGUCUUACUACGUGAGACCGCACACAAGAUAUGGGCCAUUUUUAAUUGGAAUCUUGAUUGGAAUAUAUUUAACAACAAAGAAAGAUCAGCUGCUGAAGCAAAAGUGGCAAGCGGCACUUGGUUGGUUCUGCUGCCUGUCAGUCAUGGCUUCGCUGGUUGGAUUGGCCUUCAUCCUCAGGGAGACCCCGGCCCAUCCCUCCGUGUCACAUGCCCUCUACCAGGGGCUGCACAGGCAGCUCUGGGCUCUGGCUGUGACCUGGAUCAUCCUGGCCUGUGAGGAGGGUUACGGAGGUUUUAUCAAGAGCCUCUUGUCCUUGGGUUUCUGGAUCCCUCUUUCCAACAUUAGUUUUGCCUGCUAUCUGACACAUCCUGUCUUCAUCAUCCUCUACAUCGGCCUGCAAGAGACCCCAAUUCACUACACGGACAUCAACUUUAUGUACCUGUUCCUUGGCCACUUGCUGCUCACGCUGGUCGCCAGCUAUGUGUUUACCGUGCUGGUGGAGAAGCCAUACCUCCUCCUAAAAUGGGGUAGUACAUCAUUUUAAAAAAAGGUCUUUAUCCAGUAAUCCCCCGUUUGGUAUAUGUUCUGUUUGCUUGUGCCUUGUGCGCUACGCAUAAUGCCACUGCUCAAUUACGCUUUUGCAGAAAAUAAACUUUGUUUCUUAAAAAAGUAAUGUUGUUGACAUCCUGCAGAAGUCACAAAAAUUCAAGAAAGUCAAGAUGGACACAUUCGUCAACCAUCACAGUGGUAAUGGUGUAAUUAUAUUUAGAAUGUAUUGGCGUUUCCAUGUCCAGAACCGUUAACUUCAACAAAUCAGAAACCAAGAGUUGGAUAUUUGAAAAACAGAAAGGGAUGAUAUGAUUUAUUGUUUCUCCACACGGGCUUAUUGCACUCGAGUUGCGUGGAGCAGACAGUAAGGCUCGCUUCCCUGUAACCCAAAGUUCAUCGUAUUCCUCUGCUGUCCUCCGCCUCUACGUGUUGGAAGACAUCACAACAACGCGGGACAUAUUUCACUGCCCUUUCCAUGGCAGCGAAUCAGAACUUACAAGUGACACUGACUCAGCCGAUGACCUCACAACAAAAGGUUCUCAGUUUCUAAUGACGCAUUAACGCGCGGCCACGUUUCCAUCGUGGCGCUGGAAGUCACUGCAUUGCAUUGAGCUGAGUAAUGGGUCACGUACGGCCUCAAAGAAAUACCUCGAGAGCAACUGUUUCUCUCCCGCUUCACACAGAAACUAACAUCAUUGUGCAAAAUGUAUAGCUGCUUAUUUAAAUCAGGCUUUAUCUACCGGCUGAGUCCAACCUGCUGUGUUCAGCGGCGCUCUGUGGGCCUCGGAGGUGUCGUUGGCCUGCUGCUGCCCUCCUGCCCUAAUGGGUCCUGGAAAAACGCGCUUCAGACUGACUCUCUCUGGCGGCGGCAGACAAACAAAACGCGGUUGCCGCGCGCACUUUUUCUCCACUCGGUCCUGGCGCCGAGAUCAUGGAAGCCGAGCGGAGGCAGACUGUGGAACAACACGGGGUAAAAAUACACCUCGCUGUGGUAAGACGAAACUGCCUUCACCAUGACAACAAGAGUCCACGGGGGCCACGUCCAAUCCGGACGCCCACAACAACAUGCUCAGGAUGGUGUAACACGUCCGAGACUGAUUCUAAUGAUUAACGACAUUGUUUUGGAGAAGGAAACAAAAAAAAGAGACAUGUUGAUCGUUCAAGAAAUACUGAGCGCGGCUGAGAUACCUUCAUGCGGCACCACGUUGGGUUUUUCCAUGUUGACAUCCAAGCAUUAUUUCAUCAUCUGUCUCCCGCAACUGUGAAAGAAGCAGUGAUGUAAGAGGCAGGCAUUUACUCACGGUUACAGAAUUGUCCUCAACCGCCGUUAUGAAACAACAUUUUGUCAGCGGUUUUCUGAAUGAUGAAACUUGAUAAUGAAAGAACUCAUGCAUGCAACGCAAAGAGACCACCGUCUGGAGUUGAAUCAGGUCUAAACAAAAGUUGGAAGAAAAUUGUACGGCAUGAAGUCAAGACAGUUUGUUGGAGAUGUUUAGGGGCUUGAGAAAUUUCCCAAACCAAUUAACCAGACUCACCGAGAUUUCAGUUAAAUAAGGUUUAAGUCCGACGUUGAGGCGUGUCUAGAAAACGAGCGGUUGCUUUGGACGGUAAAAUUGCUGGGUCAAAGGUCAUCAUUGGACACCUGAACAGCCGUGAUUUUGGAAGAAAGUUAUUACAAGGUUUUUCAAUGGAUAUGCCAAAUUUAUCAGACUAUUCCAGUAUUGUAUUAAACAUUUCUCUCAACUUUGGAUACAGGAAAGCAAGCUUUUCCCCCCAAUUUGCAGUCUUUUUACUCAGCAAAGCUCAGCUAACAGCCUUUUGGCAGAUGGACAUGACAUACACCUUUGAAUCAGAAUCAAAGCAUCAUCACAUGACUCCACUGAACGUAAACUCCCCUUUUCAAAGCAUAUAUGGACAAUUGUUUCAUGCCUCAACUACAACAGAUAAUCAUUUUCCAAUAAAUUAGAGUCAUUGGUCCAUUCAAAUAAUUAAAAACUGACCUGCCAUCCUUGUCAGUAGGGAUUUGUUUGUGUCCACUGUGAGGUGAGUAAUGAGAGGCAAAGUCACAUGUAAUCACCGUCACACCCAUGUGAGAUAAUUGACAACUAAUAAUGUUACAUAAAAGACCAAAAAGUCUGUCCUCAUUAGGUUGUUCUGGCCAUCGACAACAGCACAUUGUUGCUUUGCCAAAACAGCCAGAGAGGCAUCGAUGGUGCCAGAAAAGUGACCCAUUGAAAACACAACAUUAAUAUCAAAUCUUACAGUCUCAUAUUGUUUCACUGAAACUUGGCUUUGGUUUAUAUUUUGCUGCAUGUUUUUCCAAUGCGGGCUCAACUCCAAGCACCUUUUUUAUAUAUAUACUUCAUUAAAAUAAAAAAAUAAAACUUG